UCUCUCCGAUCCGAGUGUACGAGUUCGUUGGCCACGUCCAUUGGUCGUCGAAUGGGAAGUUGUCCAGAGUGAAGACGUAAGACGCCUCGAAAAUGCCCUAUCCGACGGCCAAUCAGACUCCCCGUUACGCGCGUCGCGUGAUUCAGAGCCACGCCCCCACGCGUCGCCGUCGCGAAACGCAAAUCGGCCGACCCGAAAUCACUUUCGUCGCAGCAGUCUACGUAGCACCAUCGACCCCGAGGCUGGCGGAUCCGCUGUACGCUGCAUGUGCUGACGCCACAGUGCUGCUGCUACUACAGACAGGAGUGGACAUUUGCCUUAAUAAUUUUAAGACUUUCCGAAUCGAAGAUUUGUUUGCUGUUGGAAGCAAGAUAUCACUUUAGAAGUUAGACAGUAAGAAGAUGGUCAUGGAGGCAACCCCUUCUCCACAGAGUGUCGGUCGCGAGUUUGUCCGACAAUAUUACACUUUACUGAAUCAAGCUCCAGCUCACCUUCACAGAUUCUACAACCAACAUUCUUCCUUUGUACACGGGGGAUUGGACUCCAACAGAGAGUCCACACCGGCGAUUGGUCAAAAGCAGAUACAUCAGAAGAUACAACAACUGAACUUUCGCGAUUGUCACGCAAAGAUAAGUCAGGUCGAUUCGCAGCUCACUCUUGAAAAUGGAGUCGUUGUGCAGGUUUCGGGGGAGCUGUCCAAUGCUGGUCAGCCGAUGCGUCGAUUUACGCAAACCUUCGUGCUGGCGAUACAAGCUCCGAAAACGUACUACGUCCAUAACGACAUCUUCCGCUACCAGGACCUGAUAUUCCCCGACGAGGAGGAGGCCGACGGCGUGGGCGGCGUGGAGGGCGGCGAGAGCGGCGAGAGAGAGGUCGAGGAAAGCGGCCGAUCCGAGCCUGAAGAAGACGAGCAUCCGACUCAGCCUCAGCAGCUGCCGGCAGCUCCGGCUGUGGCCGCUCCCGAGCAGCAAACUCAGCCGCCUCUUAUCCCGACGCAACAACCGCCCGUUCAGCAACCACCGAUGUAUUACGGCGGACUGCCAACUCCGUCGACACACGUUAGUAUGGCAGUUAAUAUAGCGGUGCAUCCGGUGAUGCAACAAGUCCUGAACGGAUCGGUGCACGAGGAGGCGUCGCUGAUGAACCAACAACCGCCGCCGCCGCAGCAGCAACAGCAGCAGCAACAACCGCCGCCGCCGCCACCUCCGACCCAGCAGCAGCAUCAGUACAUAGCCGAGCCGGCUGCGCAGUCCCAGUUCGUGAAGGAAAAGGAACGCGAUGGCAACGGUGAGCAACCGAAGCAGCAGGGCGAGGAGGAGCAACAGACAACGGAGGAGAGGAACGAGAAGCCUGAGGCGGAAGCCGCGUCUCCGAAGGAGGCCGAGCCGGAACGGCCGGUUUCGAACGUCGCCGUUAACAGCAACGGGCCCAAGACUUACGCGAACUUGGUGAAGUCUUACCCAAGCACCACCGGUGCUACCAGUCCUCAAACUCCCAAACUACCUGCUUCUCCGCCGCCCAUGACGAAUCUACGAUUGGACGACCGGACACCGUUGCACACUGCAAACAACGGAUCGACACUGACGGUUUCCAGCAACGUGACCGUCGUUCAGCAGCAGGCGCACCGGGUUGGGAAUCAAGCCUCGCAACAGCAACAACACCCGCAGCAGCAACGAGUUCCGAGGGGAGGACUGGUACAGAGAGACGGGGAAAGGCGUGGCACAAGACCGGGACAAUACAGCGACGCUCAUCAGCUUUUCCUGGGCAACUUGCCGCACAACGCGUCUGAAAGUGAUUUACGCCAAGUGUUCGAACGGUACGGGAGAGUUGCCGAGUUGCGUGUGCACAGCAAAUCGAACGACAGGUGCAAAGGUCCACAAGGUGGAAACAACACUGCGCGAGUGCCUAAUUACGGAUUCAUCACAUUCGAAGAUCAGCAGGUUGUCACCAAGGUGUUGAAUUCUUUGCCUAUCUAUUAUCCUGACGAGAGUGGGCAAAAACUGAAUGUCGAGGAGAAGAAAGUGAGGCCUAGAAUGUCUCUGGACGGUAGCGGUGGUAGAUUGAACUCCGGAGACGGUGGUAUACGUUCCAUGGGCAGCCCGCAGCAACAGCAACAACAGCAGCAGCGUGGCCCAGGUGGACCCGGAGGAGUGAUGAGAGGCGGACAGCACGGCGCGAGAGGCGGACGCGGCGGCUUCUCGCGGGGCGGCGACGGCGGCAGGGGCGGUGGUGGCAUGCGACAGCCCGGCAACCCGAGCAACCCAGGCUAUCAGAACCGUCGCUAAUACCGACCACAGAGCAGAGCAAUUACACCUCCCAGUUCCCUCCCAGCUGAACAACAAAAGUCACCGGUACCGAUACGCAUCUACGACCAUCCGCCACCAUACAAGAAAGAGAAACCAGGACUACUACUUCAUACGCCGCACGACGUCGUCACCGGCGACCUCAUACGCUUAAACGUCGCUUGCAACGUUCGUCAAGCAACUACCGUUGACGCCAGAUGACGUUCAAGACGGAGCCGUACGAAGCACGAGCUCGAACGCAACAGGACAGCAGCCAGCGUUGACGCGCGCGCUCUCGUCGACAAUCUCGGACAUUCGCGCCGCGCUCAGCCGCUAAUCUCGAGCUUUAACGGUGCGUCCGAGCAUCCCCGUCAGUUCGCCAGCCAGUCGACCGAUGAUCGUCGGUUCGUCCUUUGUACACCGGGCAAUCCCGCAGGACUUUACGGCGCAAGACUCGCGAACAGAAGAGAAACGAGCCGUAUGUGUGUAAACAAAUUUGCGCGGGAGACUCUCAGUGAACGAGGAAAUGCGACGGACGCGACCUGAGGUUGGAACUCUUGCGAGGCGAUUCUGGAAUAUAGCAACUGGUCUGUGUCUCUCCCCCCACCCCCCCUGAUCGGGCCACGGUGUUCAGCUGCGCUACGCGUCGUUUCCUGUCGCGCGACGAGGGGCCGUACCGGCGGAGCGAAUUCCGCCGUGCCCGGCGGCGAUGACGGAUUCGACUGCAGGAGGCGCCGUCGCGAAGCGGAGGAGCAGAAUGCCGCGAGUGUUGUCGAGUUGAGUUGUGCGUACCGCCGGUUGUCACAAGUCGAGACGUUCCCGGCGUACGUGCAAGUUGUUGCGGACGUCAACGGGUAGCACGCGAAAGCCUGAGACUGUCCCGCGGGAGAGAGUUGCGAGCGACGAAAGAGAAGGAAAGGUUGCUUCCUUGCUCUGACCGUAACAAAUGCUCCGACCGAUUGGCGAUCGUCCGUGGACCGGACAGUGCUCUUUUGGUCCGCAGCUGAUCCCGCCCACGGACAAACCUGGGGUCCGAAAUCACUCGUCGCCGGCCCGGUACAUUCUGCUCGUGUCCACCGUUGCCUCUUCAUCCUUACCCUCUUUCUCUCUCUCUCUCUCUCUCUCUCACACACACACACACCUCUCCUCUCGUCACGUAAGGAUGAUCGUAUCUUUGCCUUCAUCUCGCUGGUAUUUUUCCUCGCGCUACAGUUCCCGCUCUCGCAGUGUCUUUGGUCGAUACUCACCGGUGGGUCGAGUCCAUUAUUUAAGGUAGUUUUCACCUUACGACGAGCCGAUGAGAGAGACUGUUCUCUCUCUCUCGCGCGCGCAGCGUCUCGAGUCUUGAACUCGAAACGAUCUUUGUUGGAUCAGGCUACGGAGGAUAUCGACCUUUCUACUCUUAGUAUCUCUUAUCUACCUCCCUUUAACUUCUCCGUAACAUAUACUUAUCGCUGCCUUCGUUUUCGAGUGACCGGCGAAGAACGGGUGUUUUAUCGGAUCGUGUACGCGCGCAAUGUUGGACGUGUGUCACCCGUUCACCGCGAUAUGAACGGUCAAGCGCGCCCGUGGCAGCGCUCUGCGAUGCACCGUCGUUAUGUAUCGCCGAUUCGUGGACUGCGACCGCCAGAGAACGAAAAUUAAAAACAAAUCUGUAAUAAUAAUAAUAACGUGCUCGACGCGGCGGUGUGAAACGCUCUAGAGACUAUAAUAUAUAUAUAUAUAUAUAUAUACCAUAUAUAUAAUAAACUAUUAGAAAAUAAAAAACAAAAAAAAAGAGAAAAAUACGUCAAAAUUAAACCAUGUAUACACAUGAUUUUUUUUUGCAAAAAUUGGCGUUGUUAACAUGACAUUAAGUUUAGUACAAGUUAAGCAACAUUAUAUAUUUACAUUGGUGUCGUUAUUUUCUCUUCUUCCUAUGUUCCUUCGUACGUUCCGACGAUUUUUUCAUAUAAAUGUACAUAUAAAUAUACACAUUACAUGUGUAUACACGCACAUACACGUAUACAUACACACUGCGCGAAAUGAGAGAGAAACGUUGGACUUUGUAUUGGAGGCAAACGAUUUUGGUAUCUUCUUUCGUUAUUACGACGACGACUCGUUAUUAUUAUUAUCGGUGUAUACAGUGUGCGAAUUUUUAUCAAAUCGCCCGCGUGUACCUCUCCGAAGAUAUGUUCUGAGGCGCAACUACGGUGAAACGGCCGGACGUUCUGUGCGACUUCCUCUCGAGAUUCACGCCUUGGCACGGCGCCACGCACCCAUGUCGUUCUCCCACCGUUCCGGGGUUACAAUCGACAUUGGUCGUGGUCAUUAUUGUUGACGUUGGCUCGAGUGGAGGAGAGCCGGCCGCGGUCCGCGAUCCAAGUGCGAGGCAGAGGCCAGUGUCAGGCACCAAGUGUUGGAGAUUGAACAUUGCGUUGUCCAAGUAUAGGAUUCAACUGUACGGAACGAAAUGAGCCAGCAGGUCUGCUCCGCGUGAUUUUUAACAAUAUGCCGUUACCGUUAUGUUGUCAUUGCGCGGCUGUAACGUGCGCCUGAGAAAGCGCGCAUCGACAACAGCGACAUUGUCGUUAAAAGUUACGGGCUACAGGAUCGAAGUCGGUCGAUUUGCCGACCGAUUCGAAUUUCCCGAUCGGCGAUUCCGAAUUUCCAACAUUUCCUAGUCUCACCCGGCCUCACGCGUCGCUUAUGUAUACACGAGAGGAAUAUUGUAAUUUUUUUAUAUAUAUAAAUUUUUUUCAAUUUUACUUUGUUGUUUUUUUAGCGGUGUAGAAAUAAACUGUAAAGUUGA